CUGGCCCCGCCCUCACAGUUCAAAGCUAACAGAAAGCUAAGUAGCAUAACUUAGCGCAUGAUGCCCAUGAAGAGAAAGACAAGGGUCAGCUCACUUGCUGAUAUCUUAUUUUUUCAAAGCAUACUUUGAAGCUGUACAGUGAUUCGUCGUCGAAUAGACUGUAAGCACUGACAAGCAGUAUGGCAGAGUCAUCUCCGUUAUCUGGAGUCAAUGUUGUUUUGGUUAUGGCCUAUGGAAGCUUGGUGUUUGUACUGCUGUUUAUAUUCGUCAAAAGGCAGAUCAUGCGUUUUGCAAUGAGAUCCCGCCGAGGGCCUCAUGUACCUAUUGGCCACAAUGCACCAAAGGGUCUGAGGGAGGAGAUUGAGUCCAGACUGUCCAAAGUUCAUGAGAUACGUUAUGAACCUCGGCUCCUGUCAGAAGAAGACGACAGACUGAAGCGGGCAUCACAGAUAAGUUGCUACAACUACCUGUACAGGAUGAAAGCUCUGGAUGCAAUCCGUGACUCAGGAAUUCCUUUGCAGGAGAUAAGUGGGAGCCCCAGCGCAUUUACUGGACGCAGCUUCAGGAACUGGCUGGUUGAGCUGCGCAACUCCCACUCUCUGAUAAAGAGCAGCCGCAGUGCACUUAUUGACCGUUUGCUUGAAGGCUACGACAGCGCUCGUCAUGGGACUGGGGUGUUUGGGGAACCCGAGUUUCUUGAAUAUCAGCAAGCUCUAAACGAACUGGCUGACGUUGUGAAGGCCUAUUCCAGCACCACCAGCCUCGACCAGCAUCACCAGUCCGCCGCCAAGGACCUGACAGGCUCUCCUGUCCGCAGCACUCCCUCCACCAUCCAGGUCACCUACCUGCCUUCAACCGGCCAGCGCAGCAAGAGACCCAAACACUUUCUGGAGCUCAAAAGUUUCAAAGACAACUACAACACACUGGAGAGCACGCUGUGAUGCACUGACUGUCAGAGGAUGGUUGUAUGGUGUGCGGUCAGUCUACUGGGAAACAAAAAGCUGUAGCAGACUGACUGGUUGGCUUUAAAAAUGAGCUUUAAAAAAUAUCAAACUUAAAAUAAGCUCAGAAUGGACAGCGAGAGACAUCCUCUAUAUUUUUGAUCUAGAAAAUGAUGCAGUUGUUAAAGUCUUGCUGUCACAGGGUGUUUUUUUUUUUUCCUUUUCUGUAUGUGUGUGUUUGCUGUUUAAUGUGUGCAGAGGAAAACAUAAUUGUUGCCAACCUGAAAAAGAUUUCAUUUCAUUUUUGUAAAAGCAGCAAGUCAACUGAAUGUAUUAUUUUUUCUUGAGAGUUCAAAUUGUAAAUACAAAUGUUUGAAUAAUGUACAAAUGUAAGAUAUUUAUGCUAACUUAUUAAAUUCAUACGUGUGAUGGGUAUUUA